GCGAGGCGGGCAACGGCGAGUCGGGCGACGGCGUGGGCGGCGGCGGCGGCGAGGCGGGCGGAGGACAGGCCGCGGCGAGGGUCGUCCCUCCCGUGCCGGAGGGUGCUGGUCGGCGGGGGAUGCUGCAGAGGUGCGGACGAGUGGGAGUGGUCACUCGAGAGGAGUGCGAGGCUGCGCGAGAGUAGGCGGGAGAUGCUCGUGCUCGGGAUCGAGUCGUCCUGCGACGACACGGGCGCGGCGGUGGUGCGGGGGGACGGGACCGUCCUCGCCGAGGCGAUCGCGUCGCAGGUCGGCGUACACGAGGAGUGGGGCGGCGUGGUGCCAAAGCUGGCGCAGCAGUCGCACCGCGCCGCCAUCGACGGGACGGUCGCCGAGGCGCUUCGCCGCGCCGCCGUCUCUCCGGCCGACCUCUCCGCCGUCGCCGUCACCGUCGGUCCGGGCUUGGCGCCCUACGGACGUGGCGAGAGAAGAAGACGUCGACGGGCCGUCCUCCACCCGCCAGCACAUACGGCGCUUUAGGCGCUCUGCCUGGACGUGGGGGUGCGCAAGGCGCUCUCGCUCUGCCGCGAGCACCGCAUCCCUCUCGUGCGGGUCCACCACAUGGAAGCUCACGCCCUCGUCACGUGGCUCCCCUCCUGCCACGCGCACCACGCACCCCGCCCGCACCCGCCGUCCGCGUCCGUGCCGCAAGCCCCGCCGCCGCCGCCGCUGCUGUCGGGGCUGCUGCCCCCCUUCCCCUUCCUGACGCUGCUCGUCUCUGGCGGGCACAACAUGCUCGUCCUCUCGCGCGCCGUGGGCGAUCACACGGUCCUCGGCUCGACCCUCGACGACUCGAUCGGAGAGGCUUUCGACAAGACGGCCCGCCUCCUCGGCAUCGAGGCCAUCCCGGGCGGGCCUCCCCUCGAGCGGCUCGCAGCGAGCGGAGACCCUCGCGCGUACGCGCUGCCGCGGCCGCUCUCGCGCACCCGCGACGAGGCUCUCCGCUCCAACUGCGACUUUUCGUACGCCGGCCUCAAGUCGGCCCCCGCAGUGGCCAACGGCGAUGGCGGCGCGUCAGCCGCGGGCGGCGCCGGGGCAGCUGCCCCCGAUGGCGCCGCCACGCCAGCAGGCUCGGGGGGCGCGCAGCGGCGGGCCGACAUCGCCGCCUCCUUCCAGCGGGUCGCCGUCGAGCACCUCGUCGAGCGCGUCGAGCGCGCCAUCGGCUGGGCGCGCGAGGCGGAGCCGGGUCUCACUUGCGUCGUCGUCGCGGGAGGCGUCGCCGCGAACGGCGAGGUGCGGAGGCAGCUGAGCGGCGCGUGCGGCCGCGCCGGACUUCCGAUGGUGUGCCCCCCGGUGCGGCUCUGCACGGACAACGGGACGAUGGUUGCGUGGGCGGGCAUGCUCCGCCUCUGGCUCGGCCUCGCGGAGCCGCCCCUGCGCGAGAGCGACGAGCUCGACCUCUUCGUCGAGCGGUACACUCUGCUGCAGAAUUCAAUGUCCGAGGUGGACCGCUGGAAGCCCGAGGAGGACGAGUCGCGCGAGCAGCGCGAGGGCAAGCGCCACCGCGACCGCGACCGCGAUCGCCGCGAGCGCAAGCGCGACCGCCGCGACGACUCAUCGAGCGAUGAGGACCGCCGACGUCGGCGCCGCUCGCGCUCGCGCUCGUCGAGUGACGAAGAGCGAUCGCGUCGGCGAGACCGCGACCGGCGCGACCGCGACCGGAGGCGCGACGACAGCGAGGAGCGGCACGCGCGGCGGCGCGACGACCGACACGAAGACAGCGGUCGGCGCGGCACCCACGAGGAGCGGGAGGUGAGCCGGCCGCCGCAGGUCGACCCGGAGCUCGAGCAGCUGCGGGAGGAGCUGCGGAUCGCCGAGCAGCGCCUGUACCAGCUGCAGCAGGAGCUGCGGGAGAAGGUCCUCGCGCCGUGCGACUUCAACGUCAAGCUUCCGGCCAAGCCGAAAGAGAUCCGGAAGCGGUUCGCCGAGGCGGCGCGGACGCAGUCGCAGGACGACACGACUCGCGCCAAGGGGGGCGACCUCGGCGAAGUCUGCGGCGGCGACCUGCCGGCCGAGCUUGAGGAGGCUGCGCGCGCGCUCGCCGUCAACGGAGUGAGUCAGCCUAUCGAGACAGAGCGAGGGGCGCACCUCCUGCUGCGCACCGCCUGAGCGCACCGCCGAUGCAGGGCCCGGCGGCCGAGGCCCGCCUCUUGGCGGCGCGGCGAGGCGAGCGCGUGUUUCGUGCUCGAGAGACGGGCCGUCCCGCGUGCGCCACAGCCAACAACAUGGCCGAGAAAAGUGCGCAGGGCAAUGGGGGGCGGGAGGGGGAGCGGCUUUCUUGGGCGGCCGAGAGCCCCUCGGUUUGUUCUUCCCGGGAGGGCGGAACGAGAGUGAGUGGGCAGCCACAGCGCGCCCUGGGAGCGUGCGCGCCAUCCAGUGUGUGUGCAGUGACCAGUGUCGUACCCGGGUAAAAAAAAGGUAGGUGCGUUAUGUC